AUGGCACCUCUGUCUCAUCCCUCUAUCCAAGAUGGCUGGUUCCGGGAGAUCUCCUCUCAAUGGCCUGGCCAGGCAAUGACACUCAAAGUCAACAAAAUUCUGCAUGUGGAGAAAUCGCUCUAUCAAGAUGUACUGGUCUUUGAAUCAGAGACCUACGGCAACGUCUUGGUGUUGGAUGGUGUUAUCCAGUGCACCGAACGCGAUGAAUUCUCGUACCAGGAGAUGAUUGCUCAUCUUCCUCUGGCAAGCCACCCGAACCCCAAAAGAGUGCUGGUCAUUGGUGGCGGGGACGGAGGCGUUGUUCGGGAGGUGUUGAAGCAUGAAAGUGUCGAAGAAGUCGUUCUUUGCGACAUAGACGAGGCAGUUAUAAGGGUGUCAAAGACAUACCUUCCUCACAUGUCUGCCCUUUUGGAAUCUCCAAAGGUCAGGGUGUUCGUCGGUGACGGCUUCAAGUUCCUCGCCGAUAACGAAGCAACAUACGAUGUCAUCAUCACGGACUCCUCCGACCCUGUGGGUCCCGCGGAAUCCCUCUUCCAAAAACCGUACUUUCAGCUCUUGCAUGACGCCCUUACACCUGGUGGCCACAUUUCCACUCAGGGAGAGUGUCUGUGGUUGCACCUCCCGCUCAUUUUGCAGCUGCGCAAUAUGACCUCCGAAAUAUUCCCCGUUGCCCAAUACGCGUACACGACGAUACCAACUUACCCUUCGGGUCAAAUCGGAUUUAUGGUGUGCUCUAAGGACCCAUCAAGGAACCUUAGAGAGCCACUGCGCAAGGUACCCGGGACCCGAUACUACAAUGAAAAUAUCCAUCGCUGUGCCUUCGUCCUCCCCGAAUUUGCCCACACUAUUCUCGCCGAAGGAAGGGAUCUCCGCCCCUUGUUUGGGAGAGCGGCUGCAGCUGCGAAAGUCCCCGAAGAGGGAAAGAAGACCCGUAAAAUCCUUCUUCUAGGAUCCGGCUUUGUCGCGAGACCAUGUGCGGAAUACGUCGCACGUGAUCCGAUCAACGAAUUGACUAUCGCGUGCCGAACGCUUAGCAAUGCCACAGCGCUCGCCGAUGGCCUUCCGAAUGCGACAGCCAUCUCAUUGGACGUCAAUUCGACGGAAGCUCUUGACGCGCAGGUCGCUGCGCAUGAUCUGGUUAUCUCUUUGAUUCCUUACACUUACCAUGCUGCAGUCAUCAAGUCCGCGAUCAAAGGCAAAACUCAUGUUGUGACGACUAGCUAUGUCUCUCCGGCAAUGAGAGAGCUUGAUGAGCAAGCUAAGAAGGCCGGAAUAGUAGUCAUGAAUGAGAUCGGUCUAGAUCCCGGUAUCGAUCACCUGUACGCUGUCAAGACUAUUUCAGAGGUCCAUGAGAAAGGUGGAAAGAUCAAGCAGUUCUUAUCAUACUGUGGUGGUCUUCCCGCACCUGAAUGCUCAGAGAAUCCGCUGGGAUACAAGUUUUCUUGGUCAUCCCGCGGUGUUCUUCUCGCUCUUUUGAACUCGGCGUCUUAUCUUUCAGAAGGGAAGCAGGUCGACAUUACGGGUAGCGACCUCAUGGGAUAUGCCAACCCUUACUUCAUCUCUCCCGCAUAUGCUUUCGUUGCAUACCCUAACCGCAACUCGGUGCCGUUCCGGGAGUUUUACAACAUCCCAGAGGCCGAAACAAUUGUUCGCGGUACACUGAGAUACCAAGGAUUCCCAGAGUUCAUCAAGGCGCUGGUCGAUCUGGGUUGGCUCGAUGCUACCGAGAAGGCGUGGCUAACAGAAGAUCUCACGUGGGCUGAGGUGACCCAGAGGGCAAUCGGCGCUAAUGAUGCCUCUGAAAGGACCCUCGUUGCUCAUAUCAAGACUGUUUGCAAGUUCCCGAACGAGAGUGAAAGUACCCGGAUCAUAUCUGGCUUCCGCUGGAUCGGGCUAUUCUCUUCGGAGAACGUCAAGCCGAGGGGAAAGAACUUGCUGGAUACGCUUUGUGCACAGCUGGAAACGCUGAUGAAGUACGAACCCGGCGAACGUGACCUCGUCAUGCUGCAGCACAAGUUCGUGGUGGAGUGGCAGGAUGGAAAUCAGCAAAUUCUUACUUCGACGCUGGAGAAGUACGGCAGCCCGGGCGGACACUCUGCUAUGGCUGUCACAGUUGGUGUUCCUUGCGGUAUUGCUACCCAGCUGGUGCUGGAUGGUGUCAUUAACACGCCCGGAGUUCUCGCGCCAUACACGAAGGAGAUCUGUGAGCCGAUCAGAGCCAUUUUAGAGAGUGAAGGAUUGGGUCUUGUAGAGCGAGUACUGUGA